UCGGCUGCUGCGUGGGAAAGAAGCUCAUAGAGAUUUGUGAAGUCAGCACUGCAAGUCUGUAUUUAGCUGCACCAGAUUAUACUGCUUCAGUAUUUCAUUUUUCGUUUAAAACGUUUUUUUCAACUCGCAGUAACGAUGAAGAGACCGUGUGAGGACACAACUUCAGACAGUGACAUGGACGAAAACAUAGAUGUUGGGAGUGAAAAUAACUAUUCAGGGCAAAGCAGUGGCUCACGUAUUAGAUCCAACUCCCCCACAACAACAUCCCAAGUUAUGGCGAGAAAGAAAAGGAGAGGGAUUAUUGAAAAGAGAAGGAGAGAUCGUAUCAAUAACAGUUUAUCAGAAUUACGUCGAUUGGUUCCCACAGCUUUUGAAAAACAGGGAUCUGCCAAAUUAGAGAAAGCGGAAAUAUUACAAAUGACGGUAGAUCAUCUAAAGAUGCUCCAGGCAACCGGAGGUAAAGGCUUUUUUGAUAUUCAUUCUCUGGCUAUGGACUUCAUGAGCAUUGGUUUUAGAGAAUGCCUAACGGAAGUCGCCAGAUACCUUAGUUCGGUUGAAGGGCUGGACACAACUGAUCCCCUGAGAGUUCGUCUGGUUUCCCAUCUCAGCACCUGUGCCUCCCAGCGGGAAGCAGUCACAAUGACUUCAUCCAUGGGGCAUCACCACCACCCACUGCACCCUCAUCACUGGACAGCUGCUUUUCAUCACCUUCCCGCGGCACUCUUUCAGCAAAACGGACUUCCUUCCUCGGAUAGCACCAGUAGCAGGAUCUCAGAAGUUCAGCCACAUGGUUCUGCACUGCUUACAGCUACUUUCGCUCACUCUGACUCUGCCCUCAGAGCCCCGUUAGCUGGCAGCGUCGCACCCUGUGUCCCACCGCUGUCUACCUCCUUUCUUUCCCUCUCAGCCACCGUUCAUGCGGCUGCCGCUGCUGCAGCCUCUGCUUUCCCACUGUCUUUCUCAGGGGGAUUCCCAAUGCUCUCACCCAGCGCUACAGUGUCAGUAGCUGCUACUGCCGUCAGCCCGUCAACUGUGGUCUCAUCAACCUCAGGCUCUCAGCAAAGUAGCAAUGGCGGCAGCAAUAAGCCUUAUCGACCAUGGGGGACUGAAGUUGGGGCGUUUUAAUGUCCGUGCCUAAAAGGAACUUUUCAACUCAGAUGUUUGUUUGAGAACUUCCGUCGCCAACCUGGUGAUUUUGCAAUGGGUGUUUUUAAGGUAAUUUUCCUUCCAAUUUCAAAAGUUAUAUAAAUAAAUGUUUUCUUUCACUUUCUUCUUUUUUCAAGUAAUGGAACCAACCUGUAAGUCCUCAUUACUUAACAUGGGAGAAUGUUUACAUGCAGUUUACAAACUGGACAAACUAUAUAUGGCUAAUACUAACUAUGUUAUUAGCGAUUGGAUUAAAAACAUGUUUUUUGAACUACAAGCAAAAAAAAAACACCACCACACACUGAAAAGCCUUUGUCCUUAAACUUCUGUCAAGAGCGACCUUUUUGUCUGAAGGUACACUUUGUUGUAUAAUCUGGACUGGACAAGUGCACAUGAUACUUUGCAACCAACAGCUCCAAAUCAACAUUGAGGGCUGGAUUACUGUCACCACACUUUUGAAACACUUAAAAGAGAAGGCUAUACAGUGAAAAUGGUACACCAGGUGCAGUCAUUAAAAAAAAAAAAAAAAGUAAAAA